UCCUCUCUCUCUCACUGGCAACAACUGGAUCGAUCUUUCACCUUUAUCUCCUCUCGUUCGAUCCGUUUUUCUUCUUCCGUCGGCUAUAUAUGCCCGCACAAGGCCGUGACGGACAGAAUCGUUUCAGAGAAUUAGCAAUCAUCGUCGUCGAUCGUCGUCGUCAUGCAGUGUCUGCAACAGGCUCCGGUCUCCGAUCUCUCUGUUUUGGAAAGGCAAAGAUUGCACUUCGAUUGGCAGCAGCAGGAACAGCCAAGCCGCCAUUCUUAUGAUGCCGAUCUCUGCGUGCGGAGUCUGAACUCCUUCACCUGCUUCAGCAAUGGCCUGCCCGAUCUCGCUCAGUACUCGAUGCCUGUCGCUUCGAAUUUUGAGGAAGCAGGCGUCGCGGUAAGCAAUUGCAACCCCAAAAGGAGGAGGGCGGAGAGCUCUCCCAAGUCAAAGGACGAAAGUAACUGCAAGAGAGGGAAACAAGAAACAGGAGGAGGAGGAGGAGGGAGAUCAGAGUCCAGACAGCAAAACAAUAGAAAAGAGGCGUCAGGAGACACCUCAAGUUAUAAGAACGAGGAGCAUCCGAAGGCCGAUUACAUUCAUGUUCGAGCUCGCCGUGGCCAGGCCACCGACAGCCAUAGCUUAGCCGAGAGAGUGAGGAGGGAAAGGAUCAGCCAAAGGAUGAAGUACCUCCAGGAAUUGGUGCCGGGAUGCAGUAAGAUCACCGGAAAAGCCGGCAUGCUCGACGAGAUCAUCAACUACGUGCAGUCUCUCCAAAGACAAGUCGAGGUACUCGUUCAUCUACAUAUAUAUAUAUAUAUAUUUAUUCUUCUUGCACAUCGAUCGACAAAUCCUCAAAUAGGCAGCCUUAAUUUUGAGCAGUUCCUGUCAAUGAAACUCGCCGCCGUGAAUCCACUGGCGGCGGACAACAACUACUCAAACUGCAGCAUGGGCAUCUCAUCCGAGCCAAUGGAGCAGCCAUUCCUUCACUUCAACUCCUUACAAGCCCAUCCCUGCUCGGGGCUGGACAUGUACAUGGAUUCUUCUUCGGAUCUAGUGCCUGAUGGAUCCUCCUUCGUCUCAUGCAGCGCUCUCAAUAGCUUGUACGGGGUAGAAUUCCAGCUGGGGAGAGGGACAGCAGCCUUUCCAUUUCAAUCAUUUCAAGGGAAUCUCUUGCCUAACAAUCUCAAGAUGGAGAUAUGAUUAUAUUGGUUGAGAUGUGAAUCAUUGGAGGGAGUCGAGUAUUGUUCCUCAUGCUGAUCGGCUAGCACAUUUGCUGGGGAUGUAUUCAUUAUUAGUUGCUCGUGUGUAUCAUAUAUUGACUGCCAUCUCGUUACCUCUAAAUAGAAUUAGUUUUUUUCAUUGA